AUGGCUUCGGACUCGAGACUCCGGGACCUCCAGGGUUCCAGGCUCUUUUUAUCUCACAGGUAUGGAUGGUGCGAGGUGGAUGACAAGCUGCCGUGUGCCUCUGCUAACACUCCGCGCUGGGAUUACUGCGUAGGCCAAGGCCCGCAAGACGAUCCCGAGGUGCCGCUCGAAAGUGAGAUGGGAGCGGUUCUGCUGCGUUACGGUCUCUUCGUGGUUGCUGGUCUGCUCAGCUUGGCUGCACUGCUGUUCUUGCGGCAUUAUCUCCCCGUUCGGCCCGGGCCCGUCCGCCCAGAGCGGCCCGAAGCAGAGCCCUUGCCUGACCAGACCUGUGAGCUUCCAGCAAUCGUGCCCACACCGCCAAGAAGUUCAACAACCUGA